AUCUAUGGAUAUUAAAAUACACCAUCCAUCACUCAAUGCGUUUUUUCUAUAUUGUGAUCAGAAUUUGAUUCAUAAUUCUUAAUCAACAACUGAAAAGCACGUACAAAACUUUAUCAAUACGAACAAUAAUUUAUACUUAAUCGACAGAAUUUAUAACACUUCAUUUCAAGAUGUCUUCUGGAAGGCCUAUCAAAUGUGUGGUUGUUGGAGACGGGACUGUUGGAAAAACUUGUAUGUUAAUUUCAUACACAACGGACAGUUUUCCUGGCGAAUAUGUGCCUACAGUGUUUGAUAAUUAUUCAGCCCCAAUGGUGGUGGAUGGUGUAGCUGUAUCUCUAGGUCUUUGGGAUACAGCGGGACAAGAAGACUAUGAUAGACUGAGGCCAUUGAGCUACCCACAAACUGAUGUCUUCCUAAUAUGUUUUAGUGUAACAAGUCCUUCGUCAUAUGAAAAUGUUACAUCUAAGUGGUAUCCUGAAAUUAAACAUCACUGUCCUGAUGCACCAAUUAUUUUGGUUGGUACAAAAAUAGAUUUAAGAGAUGACAGAGAGACAUUGAGUCUACUCUCAGAGCAGGGCAUGUCACCGUUGAAGCGGGAACAGGGCCAGAAGUUGGCCAACAAAAUUAGAGCUGUCAAAUAUAUGGAAUGCUCAGCAUUAACGCAGCGUGGAUUAAAGCAGGUAUUUGAUGAAGCAGUACGCGCAGUUUUAAGACCGGAACCACAGAAGAGACAUCAGAGGAAGUGUCUAAUCAUGUAAAUAUGGUAUCAACAACCAAAAUAUUCAAUUAUGACACUCGGGAAUCUCGACAUGACAGUAAUAAUAUGUUUCUAUACCAACAUGUAGUUAACAGUUUUUAUGCCACGUUUUCUGCACAAAAUCUCAACAUAUAUAUUUUCAUUACAAAUGCUUUAUAACAAAUGUGUGCCAUAAAUUUCUUUACACAUUUCUUUGUAUGAAAAUAUAGAUUUUUUAUAUACUAGUUGAAAAGUAUUGGAAAAUGGAUAUGUAAAAUUCAGUAAGAUACAGGGAAUGUUAACACUGAUGUUAACUAUAUAUUUUGACUUCUUACUUAUAAAUGCGAAUAAUUAGAUGGAUAAAUGGUCGGUAUGAAGGUAUUUCUGAAAUUGCUAAACGGAUCUCGAUUACAUUUAGAAAUUAAGGCCUGUCCCACCAAAUUGUAAAUUGUCCGAUAGCAAUCCAACUUAUAAAAUAUUUGAUGGAAAUACCAGAUUUUGUUCCCUUAUUCGACAGAUACGUCGUUUUAAAGCUAUCUCAGCAUCUAUCAACCAGUGGUGGGACCGGCCCUUACUUCUUUUCUUUAACUCCGUAAAAAAAUUUGUAAAAGCUAGUAUAUAACGAAUCUAUGUAAUUAACACAUCUAUGAUAUCACAUGAUUAUAUUAUUUAUGCUUCAAUAUAUUGUAAGCAAUAUGGAAAAUGCCAAAGAUUUAUGAGUAGAUGUAAGUUUUCACGUUUUAGUUUGCGUCGUUAAUUGACCUGCGGUUGGAAACAAAUUGUUACUGUUCAAUAGAACUGAUUAAUGAUAUUAU